AUACUUUUUGAUGGAUCCCUUUUGGUUGGUUUCUCUAUAUCCACAUGUCCCCCACACACCAAAACCCCUCCAAGAACUCAAAGUUCAAACACCACUGACCAUUUUCAUCCAAAGCAACAGUAAGAAGAAGAAGAAGAAAAAGAAUCCUUCUUGAAUGGCUUCAGCAACCACAAGAGCUUCCUUCAUAUUCAACCUCUCUUCAUCACCUUCACUCACACAACCAUCCACUCCAAAACCCAAAACCCAUCUCACAUUCCCACCAUUUCACCUCAAAUCCCACUCAGUUUCAUCUUUUUACAGAUACCCAAAACCCCAAUUCAAUCUACAACCCAAAUCCAUUGAUGUCUCCCAAGAAGACAAACCCAUCUCAGAACAACCGAUUACCGAGACACCCACUUCGGAAUCCGAGCAGGAGCAGGAAGAGGAGAAAUUUGACAAUAGGAGGCUUGAGGAGAAGUUUGCGGUGCUGAAUACUGGGAUUUAUGAGUGUAGGUCUUGUGGGUACAAGUAUAAUGAAGCUACUGGAGACCCCUCUUAUCCUAUUCCUCCUGGGUUGCCGUUUGAUAAGCUGCCGGAGGAUUGGAGGUGUGCGACUUGCGGUGCUGCGAAGAGUUUCUUUGAUAGCAAGAGCGUGGAGAUUGCUGGGUUUGCUCAGAAUCAGCAGUAUGGGUUAGGUGGUAAUACUCUUACCUCUGGCCAAAAGGCACUGCUUAUAUAUGGUGGAUUGCUUUUGGGAUUUGUGUUCUUCUUGUCUGGUUAUUUCCUUCAAUAAAACAGAUUAUUUGAGAAAGUUUUGAAGUUAGUCUAUUUGUGUGUAUGUGUGUGUACAUGUAUAAUAAUUGUACAUGGUUUAGAAUGGAAUUUAACAUUGAGCAGAAGUUUAUACAUAACAUUCGUGUAGAGGUGUAAGUCAGCUGAGGCAAGUUUAUUAUUGCUUAUUCUAUAUUGGUAUAAUUUCUAAACAAGCUAAGUGUUCGAUCAA